AGAAAACAAACACCAAAACAGACAUAAAACUCUUUCUUCUUUUGUCUCUUCUUCUUCUUCUUCUUCUAAAACUCCCUUCUUUUGUCCAAAUCAUGCAUAGAUCCAAAACCCAAUCUAGAAACCCGUCCUUCUCCUCCACACUCCUCGAUGAAAUCUACAACUCCAUCGAUCCCAAAACCCACAAAACCCAACCUUUUCUAACCUCACUCAACACCACCAAGAAACAGAGCAUCAGCGUAACCAAACGAAGAGAUCGGCUAUUCGGCUCCAUGUCCUCUUCCUCCGACUCCAACUCCAGCAUCUUCUCAUCUUCCGACACCGAACUAACUCACCCCAAGAAGACAACGUCUUCAAGACCCUUAUGUUUUGGUCCUUCCAAGACAAAACCAAGAAAAACAGAGGAGAACAAUAAAGCUCUGUUUCACCAAAACAGAGCAACCCGUGUUUCCCACGAUUACGCCUCCGACGCUCCCAAGAUCACGAGAUACGAUGAGGAUUGGGAGAAUACUAGAACUAGGAGAUUCACUAGUGAUCAGAAGAAGCUCAAAACUCCAGCUUCACCUGGUGUACGUAUCGUUAACUUCAUCAACUCUCUGUUCAGUAACAACGGUUCUAAACCUAAACAAUCUUCCUCGGCGGUUAAGAGUUAUCCGAGGAAGACUAGCUAUGACGACGUCGACUCUAGGAAACCAACGUGUUCUUCAGCUUCUUCCUUCUCCAGGUCUUGUUUGAACAAAAGCUCUGAGAAAUCAUCUGAACGUAUCAAACGGAGCGUUAGGUUUUCUCCGGUUAAUGUGAUCGUCACGGGAGAAGAAGAAGAAGAAGAGGAUUAUCUGAGCAACGGUUAUGUAAGAAAGCCGGUGAAGAAGAAUGUGGAAGAGGGAGGGAGGAGAUCAGUGGAGGAGAUUGCUAGAGAGUUUCUGAGAGAUUAUCACAAGACUCGUGAAAACAGUUUGGUUAAGAAUAAUGAUUUCGAGGAAUAUGAAGAUGAUGAUGUUGCGAGUGAUUCAAGUUCGGAUUUGUUUGAGCUGGAUUUAGGUGGGAAUCAUCAUCAUCUUAAUCUGUAUGGAGACGAACUUCCUGUGUAUGAAACCACUUUUGCUGGUUUGAUCUUGUGA